UUCAGGUUGUGAAAUUUAUCGAUUUUAAGAUGAAUAACACUGAAAUAGAGAGUGGAACUGAAAAACUGCUAAAGUCUUCCUCAUCUGAUAAACGAUUGAGAGUACAAAUUACGGAAGGAGAUCUGCUUUGUGUCAAUCGUUGUGGUUUCUAUGGUACACCGCAGUGGAAAGGAAGAUGUUCGAAGUGCUGGAGAGCUUAUCAAAUGGAGGAAAAGAAAACACAGUGUUAUACGAAAAACAGAGAACUUAUAAGUUUCGAGAAAUUCGAAGGACGUCGAAGACCAUCAACAGAAAGUCGUUCACUUACGUUAAAGUCGAUUCUUCGAAAAUCACCAUCAAUAAGUGCUAAUUCAAAUCCCUCUCAAGAAAUAGUAUGUACGGCAGCUCCGUCACAGUCUGCACUAACAUCUCCUGUUACACCAUUGAGGCAUCGUCUUAGUGAAGGAAGCAUUUCUGCUUAUGAUCAUUUUCACGAGUUUCUCCAAAAUAAUCUUCCCCAAGCAGCCGCUCAUGAGAUAGCUCAGCAAACACAUCAUGCUGUUGAUAAGAUUCUGGAACAACAGAACGUUAAUAUGGACGAUCUGUCAAGCAUGGUACAGCAUUUUUAUCAAGUGCUUGCAGAUAAAAUGCGUCACAGCCCCAUUAUGAAUGAUUCAGUGGUUAGUGUAAGUGUUGAAGAGGUAAUGGCAGAAGUAGAGCAGUAUAUAUGUGUACGGGCUUAUAGCACAUUAUUCUGCGCCAGAGCUGACGAAGAAAGUGCAGAUCUAUCAUUGCAAGAUAGAAUACGGUCCUUGAAUUGGGUUACAGCAGGUUUUCUGGAAACCACUCUUGACUUUAGUCAAGAAUCGGUUCGUGACAAAUUGGAUGAAGCAAUAACUGAGAUUAUUGAUAUGAAUAGCCGUCGAGGAGCAGCGGAAAAGUUGCAAUGUUUGGUUCGUUGUUCAAAAAUGAUCUUUGAGGCGCUAAAGGAAAGCCGCUCAGGCGCUCCGGCUGGUGCCGAUGAAUAUUUACCGGUACUGAUUUUUGUGAUUCUGAAAGGAAAUCCACCACUUAUUCAGUCAAACGUCAAAUUUGUCAGUCGAUUUGCUCUACCUGUCAGAGUUUUGAGCGGCGAGUCAGGUUAUUAUUUUACGAAUGUGAGUUGCGCGCUACAGUUUGUGCAAAAUAUGAAUGCCGAAAGCUUAAAAAUGCCAAAACAAGAAUUUGAGGCGUACACUUCAGGACGUGAAGUACCUCCUCUAAAUGCAAUGAAUAUGGGGUGUAACCAGUCGAUCCGGACUAUGGAAAAUUCUUUGGUACUGGUACGGCAAUUGCUAGAGAAGCAAAAGAAUUUGAAGGGACGCAUAAAUGAGCUUGAAAUACGUGUGAAGAGGGAAACAGGUGAAUUAUCGGCCGAAAUAGAUGAAAUCCUCAAUAUGUAUCCAUCGGAAGAAUUGAAGCAUUUAGCCGAACAGAUAAUGAUUGAAGAAGCGGAACUAUUUGGAUCUCUUUCAGCACCAUCGUCCAUUUUGCUGAACGCUUCACAAUCUUCUCGAGUGCUUGACUUUAUUGAUGACGAUAAUGCAGAUAUCGAAGACCAUGAUGAUGACUGUGAAAAGGAUGUUACUACAUCUCAGUCUCAGGCAUCAUCCAUACAGAAUUCAGCCUAA